AACCAAAGCCACAAGAAUCGAAAUAUGGCAGUUUUGGUUUUAAAGGCAUAUUUCAGUUGGGGAAACUAUGAGACGAAGGUCCAAAAAAUUUUGUAUUGGUGUGACAUGCUUUUUGUUUGAGUUGUGUGGUGCGUAUUUCUCGUUUUGUUUCCAUACUACUGAGAGGGCUGGGCGCUGGCUUGCGGCUCAUAUCACUAAUUGAGGUCAGUGUGGAUGUAAACUGGACAUCUGUUUGGUUUGGUGCGGGCUUUUUGUACUCUCAUUCGGCUUUGGUGCGGAUUUUCCGGCUCUUUCUCAAGCCGGUUGGUGCAGAUUUUGAACUUAAGCCGGUACACCUCGUCGAUCUAUGAGCCAUACUUUGCAGUAUGGCUUUGCAGUAUGGCUACUACCUACCACCUACCACCUAGAACCUAACAGCCUAUAACCUUCAUCUUUGGGUAUAGCACCUCUCCUUGGUUGCAAAAACAAGUGUAAUGCCUGCUUUAUGACUGCCGGAUAUUUUAUGCGCAGGGGCACUCAGCUCAGGCUCAUCCAGUCUAUGUUGCAGUGAAGAUUUACUGUGGUACCUAGUCUCUUGAUUUUGUGUGGAGCAGUUAAGGCGCUAAUGUGCCAGGUAAUGGGGAUCAUUACUGCCACUUGUCGAGCUUUGAGGCCAAUUACUAUAGCAUGCAAAUAGUUGAUCUGCAAAGAUGGGUGACAAAAUGACUGGAGAUCCAUCGGUUUUCCAAGACUCAUUUCAAAUGAUAGUGAAACAGAACAUAGAAGACUUUGAAAUGGAGAAGGAUGAAGCAGUUGCAGAUGCUUUGGAGCAGCUGAAAGCACAGGGCGUCGACACUCGGUUUAUCGUCACCGACGAGCGCGCUGCGUCGGUGCCGGCGCAGCUGUCGGAGCUGUCUGCUCUGGCCGCUGAGGCCGAGCUGUCGGAGCCGCAGCUGACGCGGCUGGCAGAGCUGCUGGAGGCGGUGCGCCAGUUCUGCGCCGCCGGCCUCCCGGAGCGAGUGCUGGCCGGCCGGCGCGGCGCCUACCCGGCGCUGCGCGCCUGCCUGCGCGCCGGCCGGCCGGAGGCGGCGGCGCUGCGCGCGCUGGCCGCUCUGCAGGACGGCCAGCCGGACCUGUUCGCCGCCGACGACUGCGCGCUGCUGCUGCGCCUGCUGGACGCCCGGCCGGCCGAGACGCUGCCCUGGGCGACGGCCGUCACGCUGCGCCACGAGGAGAACCGGCAGGCGCUGGCCGAGGCGGGCCUGCUGGCGCGGCUGGCGGCCCGGCUGGCCGACCCGGCCGCCCGGCGCGACCAGCUGCCCGCCCUGCUGACGCUGCUCAGACAGAUGACGCUCGAUGACGACGUGCGCGUGCCGUACGGCCGGGCGCACCAGCACGCCUGCCAGCUGGUGACCGAGCACGCCGCGCUGGACACGCUGCUGGCACUGCUCAAAGGCGCCGCAGAGGACGCUGCCCUGGCUGCCGAGGUGCUGCACGCCGCCACCAAGCUGUGCGUACGUCAGGAGUUCUGUGAACAGUUCGCCGAGAGUGGCGGAGUGGAGACUAUGCUGGACGUGAUGCGAGCCAACCCGGACAAAGUGUCUCUGGUGGGGCGGUCGUUCUUCCUGAUCCGCACCCUGGCCGGCAGUGACAAGGUCAAAGGUCACAUCAUGAAGGCGGGCGCGGCCGAGACUAUCGUCACCACUCUGGACACGCUGAAGACGAAGACGAGUGUGAGCGAGGCGGCGUUUGCGGCGAUCGGCGCUCUGACUCUGCGCAGCGAGACGAAUGCGGGGGCCCUGGCCCAGGCUGGCGCAGUGCCCGUCAUGGUAUCGGCCAUGGAGCUGCAUCCCACACAGCCAAAGACGCAGAAACUGGCCUGUAUGGCGAUACGGAACAUGGCCUCUCGCAGUCCGGAGCUGCGACCCGCCUUCAGGGAGCACGGGGCGGAGAAACUGAUCAACGCCGCCCUGCAGAGCCACGGACCGGUGCUGGACGCCGAGGCCCGCGCCGCGCUUCGCGACCUGGACUGUAAGGUCACCCUAAAGGAGGAAUGGACGGGCCACGGCGGCGCUCUCACCACGGGACUCAUCAAGGUACCGGAGCAGCCCUCGGCAUAGGUGGCGCUAGUGUUUGUCCCAGGUGGCGCUGCUGUUGUCUUAUAGGUGACGCCACUGUUCCGCACAUUCGCCUCCAGCCGUCCGAAGUCAUGACAUUCCGUAUGUGGGUUUGGUCGGACCGUAUUGGCACGGACCGGACCGCGCGGUUUAUGGAGCCUCGCUGACAGGCUGACUGUGAUCUGCUGAUGAUGAUGAUGGACCGUGGCCUUAUUGGUACACAGGGAUGGGCCAGGGCCGUGGACGGACGCAUUUGCGUGAUAUUCCACGUGAUAACACGUGAUAAGCUUCUCUAGCACAGUAUAUACAUACUCACACUCGUUGUGCGCUUUAAUAUUUGUGUUAGAAAAUAUGUGUGACUGUUUUAACUUGUUUUGCUUUGAAAGAGCGUUCAUUGAGCUGCUACCUCUAGUUCGUUUUCUAAAAAAUAAUAUAGUUCUAACCUGA